AUGUUUGUGAAACUGAUCUGUGCAGCGGCAUUUUCAGAAAAUAUACAUAGUGGUCUAGCUCAAGCAUGUGAACAGCGUCACAAAUCGCUGCAUCCUGACUCUGUAACAUUCGAUCCGCAAAUCAGUGCUAGAUCAGUCUCGUUGGCUGGCUCGGAUUUCAAUCCUGGAGGCGUGCUCACAGGCGGUUCCCGUGGUAAUAAAACUGCUUUGUUGGCUUCUUUGGACGCUACUUUGAACAACAUCGAUCGUCUCACGGAAAUCGACCAUCGACUGCGUGAUCUGGAUGAGCGGUUAAAAGCGCUUGCGCCGAUUCGACAGCAGUAUUCGGAAUUGAGUGGCCAGCAUGGACAAUACUCUAGGCGCCUACAAGCGAUCCAUGAGAGCUUGAAGCACAGUGCCGCUCAGAUACUACGCAAUGAAAUUGCUGACAUUGAAGCGUCACAGUAUUUUAAGGAAUUGCCACAGUAUCGUGAAACAGUGGAAAAUGGCGCCAUGGAACGGAAGAAAUUGGAAGAAAAAAUAACACUGCUGAGUGAGCGAAAAAAGAACGAAAAAAUGUUUCGAGUAGAGUUUAUGCUCAGUUUCUUGUUUCUUUUGACUGACCAGUAUCGAUUCAAAAUUCAAUUUCAAGUUUCGUUAGCUUGCGAUCUCUAA